GCGCAAUGCCACAUGGUCCCCAUCUCUCUCUCUCUCUCUUUCUCUCUCUCUCCUAUUCCAAGAUUGAAAACCAAACCCUAACCUUCGAAACCAAUCUUUUUUCCUCCGUCUUCUUCUCACUUUCCUCGUUUUUUUCCCCGUGAUUUUAAAGAAACCCAAAGACUUCAAAGAUCAAUUUUUAUUGUUAAAGAUCGACCACAAAGAUCGAACUAUCUUUAUCAUCUGAGAUCCCGGCCAAGAUCGGUGUACUAAUAACCAGAUCUGACGCGCACAAGCCGUGAUCUGUCAUCAACUCAUCUCAGAUUCUUCUUCUUCGUCGUCGACGUAGUCGUAUCGAUCAUCAUCAUCAUGGUUGUGAACGGCAGGCCUUUGAAGCGGAUGAAGAGACGAGUUACGGCAGAUCUCUACGACUUCCUUGCCUUUCCUGCUUCCUCUGGAGACGAGCUCUCUGCUGGAGUCGGUUACCCCGACGAGCCGUUCAGGUUGAACAUACGGUCGUUUCUCUCGAAGCACGCGCAGCUACCGCCACCUUCUUCUUUGUUCCCGCACCUCCUCACAUGGCAGAUCGUGUUCCGGAUCGGUGAUUUGGUAGACGGACCUAACUCAUCCCCUGCCGUCGUCGCUCUCGACGUCGUCGAAGAGGACGUCACCAGAUCUAGGUCCGUCUACUGCGAUCAAUGCCGUGUUGUCGGAUGGAGUGGUCAUCCUGUAUGUGGGAAGCGUUACCACUUCAUAAUCCGAGCAGACAAUAAUUCCAUUGAUGGAUAUCACAAGCCCUGUACCAGCUGUGGGGACUUGGUUCAUUUGUCAGAUCUAAGGUGCAAGUCGUGCAACUAUGUGAUGACUGCAGAAGAUCUGGAAGACUGGAUCUAUCUUCAGUUGGAGGACACCACUCAUCUUUUACAUGGUGUUGUUCAUUCCAAUGGUUACGGCCACCUUCUUAGAGUAAAUGGUAGAGAAGGUGGCUCAAGAUUUCUCUCAGGAUGUGACAUUAUGAACUUCUGGGAUCGGCUGUGUUGUAAACUUGGAGUCAGGAAAGUGAGUGUGAUGGAUGUGUCAAAGAAAUAUGCGCUGGAGUACCGGCUUCUUCAUGCCAUAACGAAUGGCCGCCCAUGGUAUGGCGAUUGGGGCUUUGAGUUUGGAGCUGGAAGCUUUGCCCUAACUGUGGAUGCCUACCGGAAAGCAGUUGAUACUUUAUCAAAUAUGCCCCUCAACCAGUUUCUCUCCCAAGCAAGGAAGCCUCGCACACGCCUUCAGGAUCUAAUUUCAUUCUACCAGACCAUGUCAGAAAAUGAGCUUGUAACAACGCGAGAUCUCUUCCAAUUUUUUAUGAAGCUGAUUCAUGAUGCUCACAAGCAGAGAGCUUAUGGCACAACCUGCAAGAAGAAUGGAUCCUCUAAUUCAACGGCGUUAUGUAUAUGGACAGCUGCCGAUAUUGACCGUGUUGAACAAGCCAUGAUUAAGGUGCUCCGAGCAGUUGGAGCAGGUGGUAGUUCUCGCUGGGUGACAUGGCAUGCUCUCAGGGGUGCUGUGAGUAAAGUAGGACGCCCGGAACUCCUUGAUUACUGUCUCAAGGAUCUAGGAGGGAAAUUAACACAAGAUGGCAUGGCCGUAUGUUCCCGGUGCAACCCUGAUACAGAUGCUAUUGAAUAUAGGCUAGAACCUGGAAAUGUCUCAACAAGUAUUCCUGGGGAUUCAACCUCGGGGAGCUUAAACUGCCCAUCUGAAGAGCUUCUUCUCCGUGACCUAAAAUUUUUAUUUGAUUCCAUUCUCCAUCCACAUACAAUGGCCAACUAUGGACCCCAAACAGUACGUGACCUUGCACUCAAUUCAGCAGAAAAGCUACUUGACUGCAAGCAAUUUGUCAAGGACUAUGCCAAGUGUGAUAAGACUGCUAUUUUAAAUCCAUUUGCAAUUCGCCUAUCUUGCCUAGUGGAGCUACUUGAUCACCCUAAAGAUUACACGGCCCCACCCCCUGCACUCAUUGUAUUACCCCAUAACGCAACUGUUGCUGAUCUCAAGUGUGAAACCGCAAAAGCUUUCCAAGAAGUUUACGUUUUGUUCAGGAGAUUCCAAGCGGAGGAGUUGUGUGACUAUGGUGGCGUUGAUGAUUCAACCCAUGUCAAGUUCUUGGUUGGGUUGAGUGGAUCUGUUACUGUCCGAGGGAGAUGCCUCGGUAAACAUGGUCUUCAUCAGUUCCGUAUGGAGAGGGGCGUUGAGAGCUGGACGGUUGAUUGUACUUGUGGUGCCAAAGAUGACGAUGGUGAAAGAAUGUUGGCCUGUGAUACUUGUGGCGUAUGGCAGCAUACAAGAUGUGCUGGCAUUGAUGACGUACUUGCAGUACCCUCAAAGUUUGUAUGUGGAAGGUGUGAUCCCAAUUACAUGAGUUGCAAAGAUGAGACGAUCACAGUUGCAAACGUUGGAAUUAAUAACCUUACCAUGUCUUCUAGCGUCCGAUGAAAUGUAUCACUUUCAUGUACAGUUUUUUUCAUUUCCCUGGUCCGGCCCAAGGAUUUGUACAGUAUCGUUCUAACCCUUUCUUAGUUUUUUUUUUUUCCCUUUUAAUUUGUUGCCUAAGUUCCUGUAGA